AUGUUAUUGUCCGAGAGAUUCCAAUUUCCAGAUUUGUCUGAGAUCCCUGAUGAUAAAGUUGAGGAAUUGAAAAGGCUCUUCGAGAUUCGAGUAGUUCCGUAUUCAUUUACGCUCGGCUAUUCUUACUGGAGUGUAGACCAUAUAUUGAAGCAGAUUCUGCCACCUGGGAUUGAAGUACCGUCGUCAUUUGAAACAAUAGGUCACAUUGCCCACCUGAAUAUAGCGGAUGAACUGCUACCGUACAAAGAUGUUAUAGCAAAAGUAAUUUAUGAUAAAAACUAUCCACGAAUCAAGACCGUUGUCAAUAAAGUUGGGACCAUAACGAAUGAGUUUCGUGUGCCGAAUUUCGAAAUACUUGCUGGAGAUUGUAACAUGGUUACAGAGGUAAAGCAGUAUGGGGCAACUUUCAAUCUCGAUUAUGGCUUGGUCUAUUGGAAUUCUAGAUUGGAACAUGAGCACUUGAGGUUGAUCUCUAAAUUUGAGGCUGGGGAUACUGUUUGUGAUAUGUUUGCUGGUAUCGGUCCUUUUGCUAUUCCAGCUGCACAAAAGGGAUGCCAAGUGUACGCGAAUGAUUUAAAUCCAGAUAGCAUUCGUUUUCUCAAGAUAAAUGCGGAAAUCAACAAGGUCUCUAAUCUAGUCCGCGCAUACAAUUUAGACGCACGGAAGUUUGUUUCUUCUAUAAUUCAAGUGCCUUCGAGUGAAUGUUGUCUAGAGCCUGACAUAGCAAUUUCGAAGACUUCUGAGGAAGAACAGCAGAUGAAUCUCAUCUUCGAAAAUAACUUACAUGAAGGAGGAGCUGUAAAAAAAGAAGUUCAAGAUGAGAAUGGUACAAAUUUGGAAACUAAUGGGCAAAUGAAAUCGAAAGAAGAGUCGAGUGUAGGUACUGUGAAACGACGCUGUGAAAGUUUGUUCGAUGGGAAUGGACUGCGUAAUGAUGGUCAGCGUGUGGCUGAAAAGAAGAAAAGAUGGUCGAAUAAACAUAUUAGAGAGUCUGAGGCUUUCAAUGCAAAACCCUGGGAGCACAUCGAUCAUGUCAUUAUGAAUCUACCUGCCUCAGCCUUACAAUUUCUUGAUGCCUUUAGAGGUCUUAUCCAUACGAAACACUGGAAAGGUUCUCUCCCAUGGAUCCACUGCUAUUGCUUCAUGAGAUCGAACGAGACAGACGGCAAAAUAAUAUCAGAGGCAGAGACUGCAUUAGGUGCUAGAAUUCAAGAUCCAAUAUUUUAUAGGAUUAGAGAUGUUGCCCCAAACAAGGCAAUGUUUUGUUUAAGCUUUAGAUUACCAGAGGAAGCAUGCAUUGGUGGUAGCUGUUGA